CCAGACCGCCAGACGCAGGCUCCAAGCGCAAGCCUGUGGAGAAGCAGGGUGGGGACGAGGGGGUGGGGGCUCAGAGGGUAGGUCCCCUCCUGUGCCAGCUCCCCCCACCCGCCCACCUACCCCAAGCCGGGUUUUUCCUGCUAUUUGUGCUCUGGGAAAGCACGGCUGGGUUCCUGGAAGAGACGCCUAUUACCUUGGCUCUGGAGAAAAAGCGACAGCGCUGGGAUCUGGGCCUGUGCCUGCCCAGCCCAGUCUUGGGGCCUCAGAGCAUCUGGGCGACACUGUCUGGGAAGAGGCCCGGCACUCGGUCACCAGCCGGGAGAGUCACUGAGGGAUGAGGACGCCACAGCCCGGUGGAACGCACUUUCUGCUCUCGUGGCCCCGAGCGCGCAGCGCCCAGGAGCCGGGCAGAGCCUGACGCCCUGUCGUCAACCCUCGCGCACGGGGCUCUGCGGGUGACCGGACCGGCCAGCUCCCUGCUGCAUGGAACGGCUGCAGAAGCAACCACUUACCUCCCCUGGGAGCGUCAGCUCCUCCCGAGGCUCCAGUGUUCCUGGCUCUCCCUCCAGCAUCGUGGCCAAGAUGGACAAUCAGGUGCUGGGCUACAAGGACUUGGCUGCCAUCCCCAAGGACAAGGCCAUCCUGGACAUCGAGCGGCCUGACCUCAUGAUCUACGAGCCCCACUUUACCUAUUCUCUCCUGGAACAUGUGGAGCUUCCCAGAAGCCGGGAGCGCUCACUGUCACCCAAAUCCACAUCCCCCCCACCAUCCCCAGAGGUGUGGGCAGAGAGCCGGUCCCCUGGAACCAUCUCUCAGGUUUCAGCCCCAAGAGCCACUGGGACCCCACGGACCAGCCUACCCCAUUUCCACCAUCCUGAGACAACCCGCCCAGAUUCCAACAUCUACAAGAAGCCACCUAUCUACAAGCAGAGAGAGUCCAUGGGAGGGAGCCCUCAGAGCAAGCACCUCAUCGAGGACCUCAUCAUCGAGUCCUCCAAGUUCCCUGCAGCCCAGCCGCCUGACCCCAACCAGCCAGCCAAGAUCGAAACCGACUAUUGGCCAUGCCCCCCGUCGCUGGCCGUCGUGGAGACAGAAUGGAGGAAGCGGAAGGCAUCGAGGAGGGGCGCAGAGGAAGAGGAAGAGGAGGAAGAUGACGACUCUGGGGAAGAGAUGAAGGCUCUCAGGGAGCGUCAGAGAGAGGAACUCAGUAAGGUUACUUCCAACUUGGGAAAGAUGAUCUUGAAAGAAGAGAUGGAAAAGUCAUUGCCUAUCCGGAGGAAAACUCGCUCUCUGCCUGACCGGACACCCUUUCAUACCUCCCUGCAUGCAGGAACAUCAAAAUCAUCUUCUCUCCCCGCCUAUGGCAGGACCACUCUGAGCCGGCUACAGUCCACAGACUUCAGCCCCUCUGGGAGUGAGACUGGAAGCCCAGGCCUGCAGAACGGAGAGGGCCAGAGGGGGAGGAUGGACCGGGGGAACUCCCUGCCCUGUGUGCUGGAGCAGAAGAUCUAUCCCUACGAAAUGCUGGUGGUGACCAAUAAGGGGAGAACCAAACUGCCUCCAGGUGUGGAUCGGAUGAGGCUUGAGAGGCAUCUGUCUGCGGAGGACUUCUCAAGAGUAUUUUCCAUGUCUCCUGAAGAGUUUAGCAAGCUGGCCCUGUGGAAGAGGAAUGAACUCAAGAAAAAGGCCUCUCUCUUCUGACCACCCCUCCCACUCCUUGACUGACCCUGUCCCCUGCUGCUUCAGGGCUCUGGAGCUGGGGUCACUAGACCCCAAAGCAUCAUCCCUUGGGGGAGCAGGGAGGUGGGGCGGAGGUAGGGUUGGCUCCAUUCCCCAGGUGAGGAGGAACCAAGACCUCUGUAGUGCUGGGGUUGUAGGACAUGAGCUUGCUUCCCCAUAAUGAGCUAGGGGGGGCCUCCUUCCCUCAUCCCUGGUCCUCACUGCACAGGGCAAACCCAGUCUGGACUCCAGCACACACAGAGUUAAUGUUUGUACCCUCUCCCCACCCCAACCCCACAUGAAGGUCCCCACAAGAGAGGAGAAACGAGGCAGCAUUAGUGGUCAGGCAUGUUGGCUGUCUUGACCAAAUGGGUGGGUAGGAACCUCGGACCUGCUAGGAGGCAGGUGAGGGUGGGAAGCAUCCAGGCAGGCAGGGAGAGCCCCAGGAUGCUGUGUGCACCCAAGCACGCCUCCUCACCUCACCUUGGACAGCUUCCCCUACACCUGGGCCUCUGGCUUCUCUGACUCUUAGCAGGAGCAGGCUUGAACUCAGCCUCUAACAAGGAGGCCACCCUGCCCUCCAGCUCACCUUGUCCUCUCCUUGUGACCCCUAAGCUUCAGAGCCUCUUGCUCCAGCCCUGUGGCUUCCCCAGAAGCCUUGGCUUAGAGUGGAGAUGUUGCAGAACCUCAGCCCGCCGUCAGCCUGCAGGCAAAGUCCGCUAGACUUCUAGCACCCAGGUCCCGGGCAGAACCCAGGCCUUCAGGCUCCUUGGAUGGGAUCAAGAGGCCAGGCUGAGUGUCCUGGCUAGCAGGUCCCGUCCAUUCCCACGCAUCCCCCACCACGCUGUCUAAAGAAUGUAAUUUAUUGGGGCACCUCCCCAGCUGCUUUCUCUCCUAACUCUCUGCCCUACUUUAAUCACACUCCCAGCUUUUCUUCUCUACAGAAACAUAUGUGUAUAUAAUUAUAUAUAUAUUUUUGCCUGGGGCUGGGUUUGGUACCUGCCCAGACUCUGGCAUCCCUUUCCACUGUGUGUGUGUGUGAUAAUGCUGUGGGAGGGGGACUCUGCUUGGAAUUAAAAGGUUGCACUGGGCCCCCAAAUCUAUUUGUUCUUUCUGAGUCACCAGAUCUGGGAAGGAGGGAGAGGUGACACCAGGAUGAGGAAAUCCAUGGGAGUGAGGGUUCAAAUGGGGAGUACGUAGGGUCGGAAGAGGUGGGGACAGCACACACACUGCCUUCAAAAGCAGGAGCUAGCAUAGCAGGGUCCCGUCUGCCUCCUCUUCUGGGCUGUGUGAUGGUGGUGUGGAGGAAGGGCAGAAAGUCACACUGUGGAGCCUGAUAUAGGAGCCAGCUGGGAGGAAAGCUUGUCUGUCCUCUGCUGAGGCCCUAUAUACUCACCUUGGCAGUCAAGCUCAUCAACACCUGACGUGAAUGCACCCUCUGGGGCCUAAGAUACUCACCGUUCAAUGGGGAGGCCAAACACACAGAGUUCAAUGGUGUAGGAGUAGGCGGUGAGCUGACUUGUGAAGAGCAGGCGGGGAAAACCAAUCAGUGGAGAAAUGCUGGGUGAGAUCUAGCGGACGGCUGGUUAAGUGGAGGCUGAGGGAGGAGGUGGGUCACAUGGUCUUGGUUGACUUAGCAAGGCCUCCGGUGGCCAGGGAACCAGAGACAGGGAACCGGAGACAGUCUACCCUCCGGUAGACAGGGAACCGGAGUGUGGAGGUGGGUGGAGGAGGUGAAGAUUGGAAGAUCAGAGGACUUCAGGUGUGGAUGCUUGAAGGGAGGGGCUGGGCUCACCUGGCCAGAACAGAACCCAGAUGUGGGUGCAUAAAGAGGUGCGCAUUCAGAAGGACUAGGUGAGCUGGAGUAUGAACCUAAGAGCUGGAACCUGAUUCCAGUCUGCUACCCCUGAGACGAGUUUCUAUCCCCUUUGGCUGAAACAAAAGCAAAGGGGAUAAGAAUCCCUCCAAUGCAGACAAUUAUUUUAAGCUGUAGAAGCUCUCAUACGUCUACAACAUGGUUUUAUCCUUUCAACAACC